UUUGAAGAUGUUGUUAGUAUUUGUAUCUACAUAUUUAUUUCUCAGAAUAUAAUCAUUCAUCACCCCAGGUGAAGUCUGUUGGAGUCUGUAAAAGUAGGCAGAGGAGGCCAGGUAGGCCAUGAAAUUGGUUCUUUAUAUGGUGGGACUUAGGUCUCUCCUCCUUGCUCUCUGGAUUGCUCCUGUUGGAGAAGCUGUGAUGGAGCUGAAACUGGCAUUCAGACCAAAUCCCUGUGAUGGAGUAGUGUUGGUUAAACACCAAGGGAACUGGGGUUUUGUGUGUAAUGAAGUCUGGACAUUGGCAGAGGCUUCUGUGAUCUGUCGGCAGCUGGGCUGUGGAAAUGCAAUUGGUGCUCCCAAAUAUGUUCCCUUGCCUGGAGAGAGUCUUCAGCCAUGGCUCCAUGGAGUGUCCUGUAAAGGCAAUGAGUCAACUUUCUGGGAAUGUGAUCUUGGGGAAUGGAGUCAGAAAAAUUGCUCCUAUGAAUGGGUUGUCGUAGUUCUUUGUUCAAAUGGAACCUUUCGGGAAAUCAGACUGCUGAAGGGGAACAGUCCCUGUGCUGGGCUUCCUGAGAUAAGAAAUGAGAAGGGCAUAGACAGAUUGUGUGGCCUCCAUAUGGAAGAGGCAACUGUGUUUUGCCAGGAGCUGAGAUGUGGCCCAGCUGUCCAAGCUCCCAGAAAAGGUCUGGGUGAUAGUCAGAAAUACAUGACUUGUAAAGGGACAGAGCCAACAAUUCGAAAUUGUAGGUUGAACAAUAAGUUCCGGAGUGGCUGCUCCCUCCAGAUGGAUGAUGAAGUCAUUUGUGCAGAGCACACAGAAGUCCGUCUCGUUGGAGGUGAACAUCCCUGUGCUGGGCGCCUGGAGGUGAGACGAGGCCUGACGUGGGGCACAGUCUGUGACUCGGACCUUGACCUUCAGACAGCUCACGUGGUCUGCCGGGAAUUAAGGUGUGGAGCAGCCGCUUCCAUCCCCGGGGGAGCGCGCUUCGGACCAGGCUCUGGCCCAGUGUGGAGGGAAGUUUUCCAGUGUGUAGGGAACGAGUCUCUGCUGUUUCACUGCCCCCGGGGGUCGCCACAGAAGGAGCUGUGCUUACACAGUCAGGAUGCUGGGAUCAGGUGCUCAGACUACAGGCUAGCGAAUGGCAGCAAUAGGUGUUCAGGGAGAGUGGAACUCCAGAUACAGAAGGGGUGGGCCCCUCUCUGUGCCACCCACUGGGAUUUGCAAGAUGCAACUGUCCUUUGUCAUCAGCUCAAUUGUGGCCAUGCCAUAGCAGUUCCAGGAGGAGGCUACUUUGGAGAAGGAGAUGGUUUGAUCCUGCCUGAUAAAUUUCACUGCACAGGGACAGAAGCUCAUUUAUGGAAUUGCCCUGCAAGCACACUGGGAGCAUCCAAGUGCAUCCCGGGGAAUGUGGCUGGGGCCAUCUGCUCAGAUUCUCUUCGUUUGAGGGAUGGACAGAGCCGUUGUGAUGGGAAAGUGGAGAUUUUUCUGCAUGGAGUUUGGGGCCCGGUCUGGAGUCAUGAUUGGGACAUUAAUGGUGCUCAAGUGUUGUGUAGGCAGCUCCAAUGUGGAAAGGUGGAGAGAGUCUAUACCUCCCAUACCUCAGGCCCAGAGGUGGGCCCUGUGGUUUCGAGCAGCAUGAAGUGUACAGGCAAUGAGACCCAUCUGAACCAGUGUAACAUCUCCACAUCUGCCCUGGCUCCACUGGGGAUCACUCAGGAUGUUGGUGUCAUCUGCUCAGGGAGCAGAAGGAUCCGCCUGGUGAAUGGCACUGGCCGCUGUGCUGGGCGAGUGGAGAUCUACCACAAUGGCACCUGGGGCACAGUGUGUGAUGAUUCCUGGGACCUCUCUGACGCCAAUGUGGUUUGCAGGCAAUUGGACUGUGGUGUGGCCCUCAGUGCCACGGGAUCUGCUCACUAUGGAGCAGGAUCUGGGCCCAUCUGGCUGGAUGAGCUGAGCUGCUUUGGCAAUGAGUCUGAACUCUGGCAGUGCCCGUCCCAAGGCUGGGGCCAGCAUGACUGCAGACACAAGGAGGAUGCCGGUGUUCUCUGCUCAGACUUUACAGCUAUGAGGCUGAACAGUGAGACUCGUAACUGUGCUGGGUGGCUAGAAGUUUUCUACAAUGGAACAUGGGGAAGAGUGUGUAGCAAUUCCCUGAAAGAACUCUCCCUGGAAAUUAUAUGCAGGCAAUUGAAAUGUGGAAAAGAGGGCUGGCUGGAGAAUAAACCAGUGCCCUACAGAGGCUCGGAAGUGAACUGGCUGGAUAAAAUUGAAUGCCGUGGCUUGUAUACUAACUCUUUGUGGCAGUGCCCAUCAGCAUCCUGGCAUCCACACUCAUGUUCCCGAGGAGAUGAAGCCUGGAUCACAUGUGAAGGAUGGACAAAGAAGACCUCAGAGAGUCCAGGGGAGAGACUCAACUGUUCAGUCACCCAAGACUGCAUAGGGACAAACAGGCUGCGGGUCACAGGUGGAGAGAACAGCUGCUCUGGCCGAGUAGAGGUCUGGCAUGCCGGCUCUUGGGGAACAAUAUGUGAUGAUUCCUGGGACCUGGAAGAUGCUGAGGUUGUGUGUCGGCAGCUGGGCUGUGGCCCGGCUAUAGCUGCUCCAGGAGAAGCUGCUUUUGGACCAGGGAAAGGGACUAUUUGGUUGGAUGAAGUGAAGUGUAAGGGCACUGAACUGUCUCUGUGGGACUGUCCUGCAGAGCCCUGGGGACACAGUGAUUGUGGUCACAAAGAAGAUGCAGCUGUGAAUUGCUCUGGUAGGAAAGAGAAGACAGUACUAUUGCCUGGAAGAGGUUCUCUGUCACCAGCCCAAGAAGGAGAUAAUACACUAAAGAUCAUUUGUUUUGUCCUUGGAACACUGCUCUGUUUUGUUUUAAUAUUCCUUGGGGCUCAGAUGUGGAACAAGAAAGUAUUCUGCCAGGUUUUCAAGACAAAUCAGAAUCCUCUUACUGAGGGCAUCUAUGAGGACCUUGCAAUAGGGGAGAAAUAUGAAGAGGUAAAAGAGAAAGAUAUCAGUCUGUCGGGAGAAGAGUAUGAUGAUAUUGAAGAAAGUGAGAAACAUUUGACCAAGAAAGAAGAUGAUGGAGAAGAGGAAGAGGAAGAGAAAGAAGAGGAAAAAGUUGUCAAUUCCUCAGGGUUGGCGCCUCAUCUUACGGACAUCAAUGAGGGUCUUGUGGAAGAAAGUGACCCAUCUUUACCUCCUGGAUAUGAUGAUGCUGAAUUGGAUGUCUUAGGGAUGGUGUUGUACCAAAAGAAUUUUAAAUAAAAUAUCUUAUGAGACUAGAAAAUAUAUUCUCAUCCUCCCUUGAUUCUGGUACUUUGGGGAACAUCGACAUUGUUUAUGUUUCUAAUUUCACUAAAAUGUCUUUACCAGCUCUAACUUUUCUUUUCUUUCAUGACUUGUCCUUGGUUUUGUUAUCAAAAGAUGCCUGAAUUAUCUAAGUGAUUAUUGCUAAAAUGGGGAUUGGAAAAAAUUGGCAAUUGUCCUGAUUGCUCUUGUAGACAUUUUAAUUCCUAAAAUAGUGUCACACACACAACAUGUCCAAUCCUUUCAUUUUAUUGAUGAAAAAAAGUUGAAACCCAGAGGAAUUAAAUAAUGUGUUAAAAGUCAUACCAGUAGUUAUCGUCUGGGAUGGGGUUUGAACCCUGGUAUUCCUGAUUUCCAAUCUUGUGUUACAUUCACCAUCUCAUGUUUCUGGAUAAUGACUGAGAUGAAUAAUAUUUUAAAAAGGAUGAUAAAUAUACCAUUCUAUGCCCUGAGUAGCCAGUAGAAUGUAAAGUUUAUUUAGGACAGAGAACAUUUACUUUUUGCCUUUGCAUUCCCAUACUGUUGCACAGUAUCUUGCAUGUAGCAGCUUCUUAAUAAAUAGCAAUACAUUUGGGUGCUAAACUCCUUUUUUCCCCCCGCAUAUAUUUUGAAAACAAAGUACAACGUACAUACUUGUUAUUGGUUGUAUUUAAUAUGUUCUGUUGAGAUAUGAACAAGAAAAUUGCAUGGGAUGGUCAAUAGGAAAAAUGGUCCCUAAAUCAAAUAAACAUGGUAUUUAUGGUAUUGCAGAUGGGAUUCCUAUUUUGUUGAAGUAUUAAAAUAGGUGACCAUUUGUAUUAUAAGGGAUCACAGGACAUAAUGUGAGAAUGAACCAUAGAGAUCAUUGAAUGAAAUCUAUUCAUUAAAAAUGAAGAAACACAUAUACAGAGAGGUAAACACAUAUACAUGGAGGCAGUAAAUAUUAGAGCCAGAAUAUAAUUUACUAGGUUCUUCUCACUAAUAAAUCUAUGAUUCUAUGACUUUAUUAGUAGGGGUAUGGGAACUAAGGAAGCAACCUUGUGAAAUCUUUUAAAAAAGAAUCAAGAAAGAAGAAUUGGUGAGUUGUUUAUUUCUGUCAUGACUAGUAGCACUUAGGAAUUACUACCAUAGUACCUGCUCUGUGGAAUUGCAAACUUUUAUUUUCUUGGGGAAUUUUUGCUAUUAUACAUUGCUGAUAAUGUUCAUAGAAAGGCAUGUUUGUGGAGAAACAUACUUAGAGAGAAUAUACCUCUUUAGAUUCUAGGCAAUGGGUAUCAGUGUCUGGAGGAAACCCACAAUAACAGGGCCUCCUUGUUCAUUUAUGGGGCUCUUUGGGGUUAUCAACCCUAUUGGUCGUUUGGCUGCACCAACAGCAGAUGAAGCUUCUGAUAAUUUCUGAAAAGGGAAUUAAGGUUUCC